AUGCCCGGAACGAACGAUGGAAACGAUGGCGCCGGGCAUGGCACCAACGAUGACAACCCGGUCAUCGCGGAUGUGCUGCCUCGCACGCGCGGCAUCAACAUCUUCGCCGGACUAACGCGGGACUUUGAGUCCGUCGAGUCGCGGCUCAACGAUGCGAAACACAACAUCACGGUGCUGGCGCCGCGGAACAGCGCCAUCCAGGGCCUCCCGCGGAAGCCGUGGGAGAACCCGGAUGACUAUGCGCAGUUUGGAGAGGCGGCAGCGUACGAAGGGCAAGAUGGACAGGACCGCGCGAAGCGGAACUUGAAGCGCUUUGUUGAUGCACAUAUUGUUACUACGAGCCCGUGGGCGGAGGGCGAAGAGGCUGAGACCCUCGGCGGAGACACAUUGCGGUGGACGAAGGAUGGGGAGAAGAUCUAUAUCCAACCCGGCAAUAUUGAGGUUGAUAGUGUUGCGGAGAAGGUAUCGAAUGGGGAGGUGUGGGUGCUUAAUGGUGUGAUCAAUUACCGCUAG